AUGAGCAACAUUCAAAAAACUAUCAUUGAUAGUAUAGAAAAGGGCAACCCAUCUUUCGAAGAAAUUGGGUAUUAUAGCCAGGCUAUUAAUAAUGCUUUCUAUGCUGUAUUUACUUGGACAGUGCCAUCAAUCAUCAACGGUUUUGGAGCAAAAUGGUCUAUGUGCUUAGGUGCUCUUAUAAAUUUGUUAUUUAUAAUACAAUUUUUGCUAGAAAAAGUGUGGAUAGUAUACGUGUUCUGUGGUUUAUCGGGCUUUGGUUCAGCUUUAUUGGGAGCAGCGCAAGGUAACUAUUUGACUCUAAAUUCCUCAGAAAGUACGAUGAACAAACAUACUGCUAUAUUUGCAAUAAUUUCAAGUUUUAAUAUGAUAGUGGGUAAUACGAUUGUUAUGUGGGGAUUCAGUAGUGGUGGUGAAAUAAGUAAAAGUACUCGGACAUUGGUUCUGACAAUGCUAGCAGGAGUCGGCACAGUGGGAUUAAUAGUGUUAGUUUUUCUUCCUAACCAUAAAAAAGAUGAAAAGGAUAAAGACAUUAAUAAAACUAGUGCAUUAGAAACGUUUUUAGACGCAGUUAAGUUGUUUACUACCAAAAAUAUGUUACUAUUAAGCGUAAUUUUUUUGUAUGAAGGAAUCGCAACUGGAUUUAUCAAUGGCAUUUACUCCUCUGCACUAGGUUUUACACAGAACCUUCACAACCCUAAGCAAUUGGUUGGCUUAUCAGGAAUAUUUGUAGGUAUUGGAGAAAUAUUUGCAGGUAGCAUGAUAACUAUUUUUGACAAAAAAGUUGUUGCCUUAGGUAGAAAUGUCAUGGCAGUUACUGCAUGCUCUGUACACAGCAUAAGUUUUAUCUUAAUUUUUAUUAAUCUUCCAAACAAUUCUCCAUUUGCAAACACGACAGACGCAGCAAUUAUAGAAAGUAAUACAGUUCUGGCCAUGUUUUGUUCAUUUCUUUUAGGUCUUGGAGAUUGUGUAUUCGUAAAUCUUAUAUUUAGCACGCUAGGAACGAUGUAUCCUGAAAAUUCUGCGUCAGCUUUUUCUAUCUUUCAAUUUUUUGUUGGUAUUUCAUCAGUUAUCAAUUUUGUUGCUGCUGAACAUGUAGGAAUUUACUAUCAACUUAUAACUUUGUUUAUAUUGGGGAUAGUAAGUAUUCUGUGCAAUUUAAAAGUAGACACUACUGGCAAGCAAAAUGAGUUAAUGGAAAAUGAAAUAAAAAAAGAAGUAUCUCAGUAG